AUGCUGGUGGGAGCUUGUGGGACCCUCGAGCCUGGUCCAUACCCUGGGGUCACAUUUCCCCCAGAAUUGCGUCCCAAUUUGCAGGAGGAAGAUGUUCCCAGACGUGGCCAACUGCAGCGACGGCAGAGCUUUGUCAUGGUCAAGGGGGCCGCACGGCUGCUGCCCGCGGAGGAGCCGCCCCCGGCCGAUCCCCCCCCGGCCGAGCCCCCCUGCAAGGCCCCGGGACAGCAGGAGCAGCACCUGCACCUCAUGAUGCAGCUGCUGCGCCCCCAGGACGCCAUUCGGCUGGCUGUGCGGCUGGAGUCGGCGCGGCCGCGGCGGGUGCGGUACCUGCUGGUGGUGCGGCCGGAGGAGGCGGGAGCCGAGGCGGAGACGGCGCUGCUGGGAGUGGAUUUCGCCCACGAGGGGGCCACCUGCUGCACCCUGGGCAUGGUGCUGCCCCUCUGGAGCGACACCCAGGUGUUCCUCGACGGCGACGGGGGUUUCAGCGUGACAUCGGGGGGACAGACGCGCAUCUUCAAGCCCAUCUCUGUACAGACCAUGUGGGCCGUGCUACAGGAGCUGCACCUCGCCUGCGAGGACGCGGCCCGCGGCGGGCACAUCCCCGGCGGCCCCGCGCUGGCCUGGGCCCGCGGCUACGCAGCAGCGCUGGGCUCGGAGCAGAGCUGCCUCAACGAGUGGCUGGCCAUGGCCGACCUCGAGUCCGUGCGCCCCGCCUCGCCCACACCCCUGCGGCCGGCGAUGCCGGAGCUGUCAGAGCAGGCGGUGCGGGCGCUGCUGCGGGAGGUGAUGGCCGCUGCUGACCUGGAGAAUGUCACGUCCAAGGAGGUGCGGGAGGAGCUGGAGCGACGCACGGGGCACAGCCUGGCCGAGCAUAAGGAUUUCAUUGACAACGAGAUGCUGCUGGUGCUGGCGCAGAUGGAUCGGCCUUCCCGGGUCUUCCCGCACCUUUUUCUGGGCUCCGAGUGGAACGCAGCCAACCUGGAGGAGCUGCAGCAGAAUAAGGUCACCCACAUCCUGAACGUGGCGCGGGAGAUCGACAACUUCUUCCCGGCGCUGUUCACCUACAUGAACGUGCGGGUGUACGACGAGGAGGCGGCCGAGCUCCUGCCUCACUGGAAUGACACCUUCCUCUUCCUCUCCCGCGUCCGGGCGGCGGGAGGCCGGGCGCUGGUGCACUGCCGGAUGGGGCUGAGCCGCUCGGCCGCCACGGUGCUGGCCUACGCCAUGAAGGAGUUCGGGUGGCCCCUGGAGCGGGCGCUGCGGCACGUCCGGCACUGCCGGCCCGGAGUCCUGCCCAACCCCGGCUUCAUGCGCCAGCUCGAUUUCUACCAGGGCAUCCUGAGUGCCAGCCGGCACAGCAGCCUGUGGGAGCCCCGAGCGGCCGAGCAGGCGCCGUACUCCGAGGAGGACACGGCGAGGGACUCGAGUGGCCUGUCCCCGCUGUCCUCCCCGCUGUCAUCCCCGCAGCCCUCCGAGGAGGAGGCGGCUGCUGGAGGCCUGCUGGGGGCUUCCCGGCGCCCACGCAUCUCCCUGUGCUCUGUCAUGCGGAGCAUCAGCCUGCUGGAGACCCCCGAACCCCCCGAGCUGCUAGGGGAGCCCCACGCCCGGGAGGUGUUUGAGGCCACGGAGGAAGCAGAGGGUCCCUCGCCGAGGUCACGACCCUCUUCCCGGCCGCGCGGGGUGGUGCGCCAGGCCAGCCUGGACGGCGGCCCCGCCCCGUUUGGUGACCACACCCAUAGUGGUGACCACACCCAUGCACCUGGCCACGCCCACACUGAUGAACCCACUCCUUAA